GACAAUGCAUGUGAGAAGACUUCAUAUAUGUUUCUGCGGAAAGAACUCCCUGUGAGACUAGCUAACACCAUGAGAGAAGUCAAUUUGUUGCCUGAUAACUUACUUAACAGGCCUUCAGUUGGGCUAGUACAGAGUUGGUACAUGCAAAGUUUCCUUGAACUUCUAGAAUAUGAAAAUAAAAGUCCUGAGGAUCCUCAUGUUCUGGAUGACUUUUUAGAUGUUUUAAUUAAAGUCAGGAACAGACACAAUGAUGUGGUUCCAACCAUGGCGCAAGGGGUGAUUGAAUACAAGGAAAAAUAUGGCUUUGAUCCAUUUGUUAGCAGUAACAUCCAGUAUUUUCUAGACAGAUUCUACACCAACCGCAUCUCUUUCCGUAUGCUUAUUAACCAGCACACACUUCUUUUUGGUGGAGAUAUUAAUCCUGCUCAUCCCAAACAUAUUGGAAGUAUUGAUCCUAAUUGUAAUGUAGCAGAGGUGGUUAAAGAUGCUUAUGAAACAGCUAAGAUGUUGUGUGAACAGUACUAUAUGGUGGCACCUGAACUGGAAGUUGAGGAAUUCAAUGCUAAAGCUCCUAACAAGCCUAUUCAAGUGGUCUACGUACCUUCUCAUUUGUUUCAUAUGUUAUUUGAAUUAUUCAAGAAUUCAAUGAGAGCUACAGUGGAAUUGCAUGAAGGUAAGAGAGAAGGCUAUCCAUCGAUCAAAACCUUAGUCACUUUGGGGAAAGAAGAUCUCUCUAUUAAGAUAAGUGACCAAGGUGGAGGUGUACCUUUAAGAAAAAUAGACAGAUUGUUUAACUACAUGUACUCAACAGCACCCCGACCUAGUUUGGAGCCCUCAAGAGCUGUGCCUUUGGCUGGGUUUGGCUAUGGCUUGCCUAUUUCUCGUCUGUAUGCCAGGUACUUUCAAGGUGACCUUAAACUCUACUCAAUGGAAGGCGUUGGUUCAGAUGCUGUAAUUUAUUUGAAGGCCCUUUCAAGUGAAUCAUUUGAAAGACUUCCUGUUUUUAAUAAGUCAGCCUGGCGACACUACAAGACCACACCUGAAGCAGAUGACUGGAGCAAUCCUAGCAGUGAACCCAGGGAUGCUUCUAAAUAUAAAGCUAAUCGAUAGUUUGCCACCUUUUUUUUUUGUCUCUGUUGGAGAUGACCUCUGCAUUCAGUAUAAAGUCUCUGCUUUGUUCCAAAAAAUCCUUCAAACCACAAUAGCUAAUUACUUCCAAACAAAGAUCUAAUCAGGGCAUUGAAAAAUACUAAGAACAAAGUGAUAAUUGGGACUUAAACGAGGGCACUAAGCACGUUUGGUAUGUGAGCCCUGCCUACUUCACCAGAGUAUGCUUGGUUGCUUCAGUCAUGCAUUGACAAAAUUGCACUGUGGUUACACUUAAGAAUCCAACGUUGUAACAAAAAGAUGCUCUCUGAAGUGGCCGAUUUGUAUUCCGAUCUGAGGAUUGGCAAGAUGUGCGGAAUCCCUUGACGUGGUGAAUAGUAUCUUGCACAGCAAUAUGGUAUAAGAGAAAAAUUCUCAUUAGUUAAACACACACUUUGAAAAUCCACCCUUUGCUGCAUUUUAUGUUGCACAGUGUCACCUGUUACAGAAAACCCCUUGGAGCUCUGCAGAUCUUACCUAAUGAGCUCGUUACAUGUGUAGUUCUAAAAAGGGUUGUGCAGCUUUAACAUGAUGCUUUCCCCAAAUUCCCAAAUCCGUUUGUCAAGUGCAUACAAAAAUUAUGUUGUUAUAAGACAUUGGGACUUCCACUUCUUCAUAUGCACCUUAAUGAUUUUCUUGACACGCAAACACAGAAAUGCUUUUCUAUAUAUUUUCUCCUUGUUUUGAGGAAAGAUCCUAGGUAGUUAGAUCAGCUCUCCAUACAAGAAAUUCCAUCAGUACAGGAGCAGGGAGUAAUUCCAUUUCAUGUUUAUUGCCAUCAUUUUGGGGGGCCAGGGAGGGGAGAGAAAGGCCAGACAGCCAGUCACAAGUGAAUUUGCCUUAAGAGUGUUGGUUGCUUGGAGCCUGAUUAGUUUAAAUCCUGUAAAUAGUUUGAAAAGUUAUUUAUAUAUUCAAUGUCUGAUUAUAGUCUGGUAAUCUGAAUUUGUAGUGUAUAUAAAGAUGUUGUACACCAGCUUCUGGAAAGUCUCAUUGGUCUAAAUACGUGAAACUGGAAAUACCAUAGAAA